GAGGCACGGACAAAUAACAGGAUUUUUACGGCUUCCAUGUGGAAUUUAUUUUCCAUUUUAACCGAAUGGGGGACCGCGAAGCCGUAUUAUUCGAAGUCCAUGUUAAAUCUAAGUCUGCAGCUGAGUGUCUAUUCUCCGAGUGACCGAGACCAUCACUUUCGAGAUCAUCGCUUCUAUGAUGAUAACAAGACGUAUUAUGACUCCCCUCGAAUAAACCAUCUUGACCCAUAUCACGGCUGGUACUUUGGCGAACAGGUCAUUCCAGGCCCCGGUCCCAAACAUAGAUUAUUCGGCAGGCCUCUCUAUUUCGACUUCCGAUACAUCGGCACGCGUGAUUUGCCGUCGCUUCCUAAAGUAGACUUCAUCACAAGCCUAAUCAUCCCACGCCAGUUCUAUAGGCCCAUCCCAAAGAUAGAGUUAAUUUUCAGGAGCCUACCAAACCUGGAGAUAUUCCGAUACGAACCUUGGUAUCCCAUCUCAACUGAUCGCGCAUGGCUUCACGAGGCCGACCUCUUAGCUAUCUUAGAUUCCUUACCUCCGACAGUCACGAGAUUCUCGGGAUACAAGGAUUCGAACGAUGUCCUUAACAGGAGCAACGGCGGAUCGUUCGCCGAAAAUGCGGGAUCGAAGGUGUUCUCCAUAAGUCAAAGACUCAUAGAGCUCGAUCUUUCCUUUAUCAUAGAUGCCAAAUCGUUCUUCGCCCCUUUUAACGAAGACAAGGAGAAGGAUUCGUGGGACAAUUUGGAAGGUCUCACGUUGACAUCGGAUUCGUUACGUUUGAACGCAAGUCCGGCAGAAGUUGACAAACUGCUGAGAUCCGCUGCUGAGGUCGCUCUAAGCAUGCCAAAGCUUCAAAUGAUGGAGCUCUGGUCCGGCAAGCGAUCCCAAGCUCGUAUUUUUCGCUACACUCGUUACAAAGACAACUCCUUAGUCGAAUGGUUGGAAACAGGUCUCUCCUUCACGGCUCUGGGGCCAUCGGUCAAAAGAUCUUGGCAGAUGGUGGCAGAUAAAUAUGUGCGAGGUCAUAUGGAUUUCGAAACCCGCGACAUACACCCAGAUUCCAUCAGAUGUCGUGGAUCUAUACUCCCUUACUUGAUGAGGCGGGAUAAAACUUUGACGUCGGCAUCCCUUCAACAGAUAAUGUGGGAAGCGACGGAAUUGAAGCGUGUAAGAAGACAAGCACCACCACAUUCAGUGCAACCGAUAAUGCAUACAGUUUAAUAUGACCAUAGAACUUAAUACAUUAUGAU